AUGGCUCAAACUGACUACAAGUUCGAAGGAUGGAUGGGUCUUGACCCUACCUCCGGCGAGGGCAACAUGGUCUGGCAAGACUUCCAGCCGAAACAGUGGGAGGAAACCGAUGUCGAUAUUAAGAUUUCUCACUGCGGUAUCUGCGGCUCUGAUCUGCACACCCUCCGGAGCGGUUGGAGACCCACCGAUUAUCCCUGUUGUGUGGGCCACGAGAUUGUAGGUACAGCCGUGCGCGUGGGAAGCAAGGUUACCGACAUCAAAAUCGGUGACCGCGUCGGUGUCGGCGCGCAGAGCGAGUCCUGCCUUGGCCGUCUAGGCGACUGCGAGGAGUGUGCGGCAGGCCUCGAGAACUACUGCAGCAAGAAGGUCGUCGGCACGUACAACAGCAUUCACUACGAUGGCAGCAAGUCAUACGGCGGUUAUGCGACCUACAGCCGGGUGCCGGCUCACUUUGCUAUCAAGAUUCCUGAUGCUAUCUCGUCCGCUGAUGCUGCGCCUAUGCUGUGCGGCGGUGCUACCCUUUACAGCCCGCUGAAGCACAACAACUGUGGUCCUGGCAAGCGCGUUGGUAUUAUUGGUGUUGGUGGUCUCGGUCACUUCGGAUUGCUCUUUGCGAAGGCUAUGGGCGCUGAUAAGGUCGUGGCUAUCUCGCGAAAGCUGGGCAAGAAGGAGGAUUCGUUGAAGAUGGGAGCGGAUCUUUACAUCGCUACUGAUGAUGAGCCUGAGUGGGCUACAGCUAAUGCCCGGUCUUUGGACCUGAUUGUCUCGACUGUUUCGUCGGUCAAGAUGCCUUUUGCCGAUUACCUGGGUCUUUUGAAGACUGGUGGAACUUUCGUUCAAGUCGGCCUUCCUGAGGACGGUGGCUUGUUUGCACCUGUUCGCAACUUGAUGCGCCGCAUCAAGCUUGAGAGCUCUCUCGUUGGCAGCCCCAAUGAGAUCCGCGAGAUGUUCCAGCUUGUUGCUGAGAAAGGAAUUCGCCCGUGGGUGGAGGAGAUCCCAAUGAAGGAUGCAAACAAGGCAAUUGUGGAUAUGGAGGAUGGAAAAGCCCGCUACAGAUUUGUGCUGGUCAACGAGUAG